AUGCCAGCCCAGCAGAAGAAAGUUAUCUUUUGCAUAGCUGGGGUGCUGAGCUUUGCUUGUGCGCUGGGGACCGCGGCAGCCGUCGGCACGCAGCUGUGGGUUAAGGGGACGAUACUCUGCAAGACAGGAGCCCUGCUCGUCAACGCCACCGGCCAGGAGCUGGAGAAGUUCAUUGGCGAAAUCCAGUAUGGGCUUUUCUAUGGCGAGCGUGUGAGACAGUGCGGGCUCGGGGGGAGACCUUUCCAGUUUUCAUUUUUUCCAGAUUUGCUCAAAAUUAUCCCUGCAAGUAUCCAUGUUAGUGUCAUUCUCUUCUGUACAGUACUGAUCAUCUUUGCUCUGGUGGGAGCAGGUUUCUUCAUGUUCAAUGCUUUUGGCAGCCCUUACGAAACUCUGCAUGGCCCCGUCGGGUUGUACCUCUGGAGCUUCAUCGCAUGUUCCUGUGGUUGCCUCAUCAUGAUUCUCUUCUCUUCAGAAGUGAAAAUCCAUCACCUUUCAGAGAAAAUUGCUAAUUUCAAAGAGGGAAGUUUUACAUUCAAGACUCACAGUGAACAGUUUGCAAAAUCAUUCUGGAUCAUCCUGGUUUGCUCCCUGGUGCACUUUCUGAACGCCGUGUUGAUAAGAUUCGCUGGAUUUGAAUUUCCCUUUUCAAAAUCAAAAGAUUCAGGGACAACCACUGGAGCAGCUGACCUGAUGUAUUAG